UACUAUUGUUGAUCGUAACGUAUUUUAAGCAAUUAUAACGUAGAAUUGAUUUUAAACAUAACAUAUUUUUACCAUGCCGUGUUUUUAAGACAUUUAUAUUUUAAGCCAUGAAAUUAGAUCUAUAACCAUGAUAAAAAUGUUUACUUUAGGCACAAUGAUAAUUUUACUUCCUUAUACAGAUAACCACUGACUGAUAUUAGGAAAAUGCAUGGAGAUAACAAAUAUUUUACAGAUCGUUAAAAAAAACCAUUGAGAUUGUUAGCUCACAUUGAAAAGCAGAGCAUGUUAUUAACGCUUAAAUAUGAACACAACGGAUUCGAACGGGUGAAACUUGUUUUCUGCUUUCAUGAUCAAAUAAAGUAGCUGGUAAGCGUGAAAAGAUAUACAUUGAAUAUAACUGAACAGAGAUAGCACACCUGUCAAUAUGCAAACAUCUGCAAAAAAUGGGACUUUUAAAGGUGAAGCAAUAUGGCAUGUGAGAGCGCAUAACCAGAAGACAGUAGAACGUUUAAAACAUAAUUUUUCAUUACUUACAUGUCCAGACAAUGCACAGGGAAUAGAAAAUGAUCCUCUACCUUAUACUAUAGAACCGAUCCCGUAUUCAGUACGGCCAAGUUCUCAUCCUGAGUUGAUGCCAGAAUCUAUAGCAAGAGAAAUCUUUGAUGUCGAUGUUAAGAACACAAACAAGUCAGAAAAUUAUUUUCUUACUCACUCUACGGAGGAUUUUAUUCUUGACUUGGUUUUACCAAUUCCAAUGGCAGGAUGUCUUACACUUUAUGCAAUGCAAAAUUUUCAACGAGAAAAAGAAAUGCUUACUGUAUCCAGAAAUCAUAAAGAACAUUGCACUGUUUUAACAGGAAGCUGCUCGGAUGGACUAAGUUUGCCAGAAGUAACACACAUAAAACGAAAACAUAAAGUCACAGAAGGUCCAGAUGAAGACAAAAUCUACAUAUUUACUUCACUGAUUGUUGACAGUGAAAACAGGAGGGCUUUCUGCUCGUUGGAUACUUCGAAAAGUCCGCCUGGAUAUACAAGACUUAUCAUGAACACAGGAUGGUUGGAAAAGAGACCAAGUAAAUAUCCACGAGAACGUGUUGAAGAAACUCUCAUAAAACGAAACUAUCCGGGAUUCUUAUCGUCAGAUGAAAGAGAUGUUGUUGUGAGAAGUAAAUUAGUUAGUAUUCUCAGAAAAUAUUUAAAGGAUGAAAUACGUAGUAGGGAAAAGGAACGCUUAUUUUUUCGGAGAACUCCAUUUGCCGAUUCGACCCCAAGCGUCCAUUUUUCUUGCCAUGGACCAGCGGUAACUUGUGAAUUAGAAAGAUCUGAUUUUAUGAAAGUAACACUUUCCUGUGAUAAUGUCGUUGCACUCCCGUGUCCGCGCUGGCCACAUGAAGCAGCAGAAUGGAUCCAUAGAGAUCGUGCUUGGCCUUCAAAAGCUCUUGUCCGUUUUGUUGUUAAAGGUGGUUGUCAUAUUGUCCCAAAGGGGGAUAAACACCACAAAGAUGCCCACGACUUCCUCAUAUCAUUCUCUCACUGUGAGAAACUUAUUGCCCUGAGUUUGAGUAUCAAACAGAAGAGAUGUUACAUGUUGUUCAAGUUCUUAUUCAAGUAUUCCAUAAAUAGAGUAAAUCGCGGGUUAACUACCUACCACUGCAAAACUAUAUUUUUCCAGCUCUGCGAGAAAAUCCAUGAAGAUCAGUGGAGUGAAAUUCACCCCUUUGAUUUUUUGAUGAGGUUACUCAAUCAGAUGGAAAACUGUCUGCGAAUCGGAUAUUUGCCAAUGUACUUCAUACCAAAGCGGAACAUGAUUCACUUCAUGACGAAACGCACGAGGGAGGUUGUGUUGUCUGACAUUCAGAAGGUUAUUGAGAACCCAGUAGGUAUCUUUCUAGAGCUGACAGAAAAACACAGGUUCUGCUGGUUUUCACAAGACAUAUCAGCAGCGUGUUUGUUCACGCCUUUAUUGGUAAAUCAACAAUUGUCGAACAGUUUAGCACAGGAAACGUUAUUAACUUACAUAUCAACACUGCUGGACAAAGGAGAAGUGGGCUUUGUUCUCUCUUUGUUAUGCGGAACUGAAAUAUGUGACCAGCCACCCUCUACAGAAACUGCAAUUUAUUAUGUAGAGAAGGCAGCUAAAAGCGAUGGUGGAUCAGGCUGUAUAAGCGUUCAGGCUUUACUUGCGACACUUUACCACCAACAUGCAUGUAGCAUAUCUUUUGGGUAUUUAACUGGUCGCAAAUUAAUGAUGAAAAGUUUGGGUAUAUUUGAGAACAUUCUUCGAGAAGAAAAUUGUAGUGCGUGGGUAGUUGGUGAAUACUACAAUCUACUGUUCAACUUACAAUGGUAUGACAAGAUCAUGAACCAUUUUACCACUAUAGUAAGAAGAGACUUUAAUCCGACAGGCAUUGAUUUUUUCAAAAGUGGAAUAUACACAGUUGUAGAUUAUCAUAACCGAAGUACAGUAGAAAAGGCAAUCCAAGUAUGCCCGGAAUUCAUCGUACCUUCUAUACUGUAUGUCAGUUACAAAGCUAUAACAGCCAGUAUAUGCUUCAUGGGGCAAUACAAAUUACCAAACGUGGACAUUGAGACCAUUUUUAAGUUUAAUGAGAAGCUAAUGAAGAAGUUACAACUUUGGUUAUCAGAGAAGGAGAGGUUGUACCCCGAAUACACAGACGAGUAUGCCCAUAUUAUUCUUAGUUUGGGGUUUAAGCAUCUUGAUGACAUUGGAAGUUACAAAAACGAAUUGUGUGCUGCUGAAGAUUUUGACAUCCCACUUCGUAAGGAAGGAACUAAUUUUGUCUUCAUCGAACCGGUAACGGUGAGAAUUCAUCAUAGCUUUAAGAGCUACAGAUACAGUCCGUACACUCGAAAAAGUAAACGAAAGAAGUCGAGAGUUCCUGAUUUGGAUUUCCGAUUUAGAGACUUUUUAGUGCACGAAUAUACACACUAUUAGGUAUACAGUAUUCCUACUUGGAUAUGUUGCCUGCUUUUUAUAUUUUGUUUAUGAAAUAAAAGUAGCAAAAUGUAAACAAAGUAGUAUUUUGGCUUCCAUACAAAAAACUAAAUCACUUUAACUGUACUAGUUGCUAAAAUGCAACAGAUACAAAUGAUGGUUCAAGUAAUUGGCCAAUGAGAUACUUUUCGGAAGAAGUUCAAGCAGGACAACAAAAGUAAAAAGCUUUAGAGAAGAAAACAAAAAUUAUGAGGUAUAAUGGGCCUUUAAAACAGAUGUACAUGAUUCUACAGAGACAAAAAUAGAACAUAAAAAGAAUGGAUUUUGAAAUUGAAUAUGAAUAGUAAGUGUGAUUUGCAGCGGUUUAGCAACGAAAUGUUCGUAGAAUAGUGUACAAAAUCUUUAUCAAUGUUUAUUACUUGUUGUAGUAUGGAGACAAUAACUCGCCGGUCUUUAUUUAAAUACUGUGUAUUAUAAUAAAUGCAAAUCUUAGCUUUGUAAUCAUUAUUGUUAGUAAAUGUAUUAUUUUUCAUUCGUUUUA